UCGGCGGUCCUCCCGCUUGUUCAUAUUAAUCACGGUAGUACACUCGCGGUAGCGGCAAAUGUCGACGGCAGGCGCAUCAGUAGUAGUAGUUAACCACAAAAUAGUCAAUCUCAACCGGAGGAAGUCUACGCUACUAUCCUCUUCGUCAUCCUCAUUCAUCAGCACCAAAUGUCCUCCGUACAGAUACUACGGGUCCCACAAAAGGAAUUCUCAUUAUUCCCUCACUGCCUUCAAAUUCAAACGCCCAUUCUCUUCUGUAAUGGAAUGGCAAGAUUGCACGGUCAAGAUGGAAGUGGGUGUUCCCACUUCUGUUGCUUAUAAAUGUUACGCUGAUCGUGAAGCAAUUCCUCAAUGGAUGGCCUUCAUUCGGUGAGUAAAGAUUCUGGAGGAUAAGCCUGACCUAUCACGAUGGUCACUGAAGUAUCAAGCAUUUGGGCAUGAUAUUGAAUUUUCUUGGCUUGCUAGAAACAUGCAGCCUAUACCAAACCAGAAAAUUCACUGGAGAUCUCUGGAAGGUCUUCCUAACAGGGGAGCUGUGCGGUUUUUUCCUAAAGGCACUUCCUCGUGCUUGAUUGAAGUAUGACUUCUUCUAACAAUAUCCACUUUAUGCUAAUUUUGUUGGGGGGUUUUGUAUUGCUUUGUGAAAUACACUUGUAUAUUAGUGCUUGAUCACCUUCCAUUGCAUCCCGCAGUCGUGCAUUUUCACUGUUGAACUCACAACUUUAUUAAGUUAAUAAUUGUGGAUCAAUCAUCUACAGUAUAGCCUUAUAAAUGGAUGCAUAUGUGGAAUAUGUAAUAGUAUUAAAAUUACGUCUUGGCUUGUUCAUUGGGUGGGAGAAAAACCACUGAAAUCAGAGAUGAUGUUCUCGUUUCUCUUCACAUUUCGUCUCUCCAAAUACUCCACUUCUCCUUACAAAUGGGAUUUUCUUCUAUUUCAGCUUACUGUUUCAUACGAAGUCCCUCAACUUUUGAUUCCAGUGGCUUCUGUAAGUAUUCUUACACAACUGUAGAAGGCAUUGCUUUGCAUUCAAAGCCUUACAUUAAAACAUGGCUAAAAGGACUAAAUAUUUUCUGACAACAAAUAAUAAAAUAAAAAUGAAUUGUUAUGUGAAAUCUUAGAAGUUCCAUAAAAAUAUAUCAUUCUUAUUAGUUUUUAUACACUUUUUACAUGAAUGAAACAAUUCAACAAAUUUUACUUAUUUUUCUGUUUAUGUAGGCAUUGGAACCCUUUUCUUGAAAGCUUGCUAGUCCGUGAAUUGGAACGGUUUGCAAAGUUUGCUAAAAGCUAUUCUGCUGAUUGACGGCUUUCUCUGAUUUUAGUUCCUAAACUAUGCAAAUGAACUGAUAAUAGAUACUGAAAAUGUGAAGACUUUUGUCUCGUGUGAAGAUAAUGAAUUCAUUUAUUGACAAAAUAGACACUUCUAAUAUCUUACUGGAGUGGACUUGCGUCGUU